UAUGAUUGAUCAUGCUGGAUCCCAGAAUGCAACAACAAAUCAAAAAGUAAUUAAAAGCUAUUAUGAUUUCGGUAAAGCUGUAUCAGAAUGUCAUGAUUAUUAUAUACAAGAAAAAAAGAAAUGGAUACCUGUGGCUCAACAUCUAGUCAAAGAAGAAAUCCAUAAACAAAUUCCUAUGAAGAUAAUGGUUGAUGCUCUUAGAAAAAGUGCACUAAAAGUAUAUGAAUUUUUUACCAAAGUUGGUGUAGAAAAGAUAAAACUUUUUCUGCUUAGCUAUUUCAAAGUUAAGCUGGGAUGA